AUGGUCCAGCUCUGUCUGUGUAGCCUCUCAAUAAUCCAGCUCGGUCUGUGUAGCCUCCCAAUGAUCCAGCUCUGUCUGUGUAGCCUCCCAAUGAUCCAGCUCUGUCUAUGUUACCUCUCAAUGAUCCAGCUCUGUCUGUGUAACCUCUCAAUGAUCCAGAUCUGUAUGUAUAACCUCCCAAUGAUCCAGCUCUGUCUUUGUAACCUCCCAAUGAUCCAGCUCUGUCUAUGUAACCUCCCAAUGAUCCAGCUCUGUCUAUGUAACCUCCCAAUAAUCCAACUCUGUCUGUGUAACCUCCCAAUGAUCCAGCUCUGUCUGUGUAACCUCCCAAUGAUCCAGCUCUGUCUGUGUAACCUCCCAAUGAUCCAGCUCGGUCUGUGUAACCUCCCAAUGAUCCAGCUCUGUCUGUGUAACCUCCCAAUGAUCCAGUUCUGUCUGUGUAACCUCUCAAUGAUCCAGCUCUGUCUGUGUAACCUCCCUAUGAUCCAGCUCUGUCUGUGUAACCUCCCAAUGAUCCAGCUCUGUCUGUGUAACCUCCCAAUGAUCCAGCUCUGUCUGUGUAAUCUCCCUAUGAUCCAGCUCUGUCUGUGUAACCUCUCAAUGAUCCAGAUCUGUCUGUGUAACCUCCCAAUGAUCCAGCUCUGUCUGUGUAACCUCCUAAUGAUCCAGCUGUCUGUGUAA